AAAGUACAUUGGUCCAAAGCUGUAAAAUGAAAAAAAUAGUAAAAAUAAAAAAUUUUGAUGUUUUGAGGUUGUUUCGUAUUUAUUUUAUUUUUAAACUAAUUUCAUUGAUUUAUUAUUAUUAUGUGGCAUGGUUUUAUUCUUCUACGUUGUGUCACCCGUUAUAAGAAUAAUUGGAGCACAGUGAUGCAGUUAAUUGAGUUACAAAUAGAAAGUUAGCACAAUAAUGGAUAGUAUAACUGAUAAACUCUGUGAAUGUUUUGGACACAGAAGAUUUAAAAGUGACCUUCAAGAACAAGCUGUGCGAGCUAUAGCAAGAGGUGUCCAUGAUGUCUAUGUUUCAAUGCCUACUGGAUCGGGAAAGUCUCUGUGCUUCCAACUACCUGCAAUGUUGCAAGAUCAUAAAGUGGCAAUUGUCUUUUCACCAUUGCUGGCCCUGAUUAAAGAUCAAAUUGACCACCUUACUAAAUUAAAAAUCACAGCUGAAUCAAUUAAUUCAAAAAUGACAAUGAAAGAUAGAGAAAGGGUUAUAAAUGAUUUGAAAAGUAUGAAACCAGACACUAGGUUUCUGUAUGUGACCCCUGAACAGGCAGCUACUAGCACUUUUAAAACAUUAAUUGAGCAUCUAGUCAAAUAUAAGAAAGUUUCAUAUAUUAUUGUCGAUGAAGCACAUUGUGUAAGUGAAUGGGGACAUGAUUUUAGACCUGAUUAUCUUAAGUUAGGGGAGCUACGAGAGAAGUACAAAAGCAUACCUUGGGUUGCAUUAACUGCCACAGCUAGUGCUGAAGUUGCCAAAGACAUAUUAACAAAUCUUAAACUAUUACAGCCUGUGGCAAAAUAUAAAACACCAAGUUUUCGGAAGAAUUUAUAUUACGAUAUUGUUUAUCAAAAUUGUAUUCAAGAUGAGAUAGGUCACUUGAUGGACUUUUUAAAAAAAAGUUUGAGUGGUGAUGAAAAUGCAAAAACAAAAGACAAGAAUGUUGUGAUUGUUUACUGUAGAACUCGUGAUCAGACAGAAGAAUUGGCUAAUAUGUUAACAAAAAGAGGACUAAAAGCUUUGGCAUACAAUGGAGGUAUGAAAUCAUCCGAUCGCAUAGCUGUUCAAGAGCAGUGGUCGCGUGGUGAAUGUCCCUGUAUAUGUGCUACUGUAUCUUUCGGUAUGGGCGUGGAUAAAGCCAGUGUUCGUGCCGUAGCUCAUUGGGGGAUAGCUCAAAAUGUCGCCGCUUAUUACCAGGAGUCUGGAAGGGCUGGCCGAGAUGGGAAGCCUGCAUUUUGCCGCAUUUAUUACUGUCAUAGCGAACGGAACGCUGUCAACUUUUUGCUCAAAACAGAGAUGGGUCGCGCUAAAACCGAAGAACAAAAGAAACGUUGCAAAAACAACUAUAAGAGUUUUGAAAUGAUGGUCAAAUAUUGCGAAAGUAUAAAAUGUCGCCACCGUACAUUCGCGGAAUUUUUCGGGGAGGAGUCUCCCAAGUGCGGCGACCGUUGCGACGUGUGCGCGGACGAGCGCGGCGUGAGACGAGCGCUGGAGCAACACCAGAGGCGGGCGAUGUCCGCGAGGAUCGGCAACACGGGCUACGGGAACGAAGACCCGUCCGAUCUAUACGGAGAGGGUCGCUUCGGACAGAAGAAAGAGUUGGAGUCCUAUUACGCGGAUGAUAGUGGCGAAUCAGACGGCGAGACCAACAGACGUCAAGUAGCUGAGGAAACCAAGUCGCUUAUAUUACAAGAGUUUGCUAACAGAAAAAAACAUUUGGAACAAGACAGAAAGAAAACCGACCAAUCAGAAUCUGCUAAAUAUUCAAAAUGUCGCGCUGCUGACAGCACUAGUACAAAGGUGAAUGGGCUAACAGUUUCGGGACGGGAGGGUUACUUGACUCUUCUUAACGAUGCGUUAAACAACAAUCUAACAAGUAUGAAAGAAGUAGAUAGACCGGAUAAGCCACUUAGUCGCUAUGACGUGGAACAAUGCGCAAUCGAAUUGGAAUACGAAGCCUUUUCCGGCAGUACUGUCAUCAGCCUGUACAGGCGAGCUAUGACUAAGCUUAUAUCUGCAGUAAAAGACUGCAGAGAUCGCCUUUAUCCGCGCCUUAAAACUUUCGAACCUGUAAAACGGAAUACACUAAACGAGUUUGUUAAAGACUAUGAAGCUCAAAAGCAUAAUAAUAAAGGGUUCAUUACCGCUGCUCAAUUAGAUAUGGAAAAUAAGAACAAGGACAAAGAGUCAAAAUCCCUUUCUAAAUCCGAUAAACAUGCAAAACGUAAAGCAAAUUCCUUUAAACAUGACCCUUUGCAACAAACUAAAUUGCAAAAUUUCUUUAAAAAAGCACCAAACUGUUCACCUAAUUCGACGAGAGAUACUAGUGACGACGAAGACAAUAAUCUUGUUAUAGAUGAACAUGCUGAAUACAAUUAUGAUGAUACAACAUUAAAAUUAGAAGAACCCGAAACCUUAGAUAGACAUAACGAUACAACUUUAAAAAUAAAUGAGCCAUCAGAUGAUGAUGGUGAUAAAAAUAAUAAGAGUAAGACAUUAGUAAUAAAUAUAACAUUUAAAGGUAUACCAAGCAAUAAAGAAAUAAAAGAAGAUAAAAAUAAAAGCAAUAAUAGUAUUAAAAAUGAAAAAAAUACACAAAGUGAAUCUGUAAAGUCACCACAAAAAGUUAAUACUGUUGCAAAAAGAAAAAUAAAAGCAUUGUUUGGAGAAUCGUCUGACAGUGAUGAAGCAGAAGACGUGAAGAAGAAAAAAGCCAAAUAUGAUGAUAAGAAAAAAAAAUCUUCAAAAGAUGAAAUUAAAAAAGAUCAUAAAGAGCGUAAGAAGAAAGAUAAAAGAGAAAGUCAUCAUAAAAAAGAAUCAAAAACCAAAAAAACUGUGGCUGAUGUAGUUUCAUGUUCUAAAUCCAUGUCAGAUAGUGAAUCUGAAAAAGAAUUGGUUAUAGAUGAUGGGAUUGAAUCUCAACCUAAAAUAGUUUCUUCUAAAAGUGAUAAUUGUGAUAGUAAAUUUGGAAUUAAUAGUGAAUGGAAAAAACAACUUGAAAAAACAAAUAAGGCAUUAGAAGAAUUUAAGAAAAACUUGAAUAAGCAAUCCAAAAUUGAUGAAUCAACACCAAGCAAACUUGAAGUUGAUAAACAACCUAAAACAGAUGAAGUUACUUCAAAUAAAUUGGAUAGUUCUAUCGAGACAAACAAUUCAUCUUUAGUGGAUAUGGACCAAGACGAUGAAGAAUUAAACAAAGCACUUAAGCUUAGUAAAGAGGCAGAUGCUGUCUUGUUGUCACUAAAACAAUUCUCAGAACAGCCACAAGUACCUUUACCCGUAGAAGAACCCAAGCAAGAAAAACCACCUAGUCCUAUAACAUCACAAUCUCAAUCGCCAAAAAAACGUGAAAUUAAAGUUAAGGUAGAAAAUAAGACUAAAACUCCUAAGCUUGAUAAAAGUGUGUUAAGUUUAAACAAAUCUAAAGAUAAGAUUCAACAGGAAAAAAUUAAAUUAAAAGAAAAACACAAAGCUGAAAAAAGUAAAACAAAAGAAGAUAAGAAAGCAAAGAAAACGGAGAAAGUAGAUGUUGCCAGCCUUGUUGUUAAGUUAUUAAUGCCUUAUUAUAAAAACCAGAAAAUAAGUAGCAGGGAUCUGUUCAAGAUAACUGCAAGACAUAUUGUACAUCAAUUGUUAGCUAUUCAAGUAACUGAGGAGACUGCAAUUGAACUACUGUUACAAAAAGCCUUCAGUAAAGAAGUAAAAAUAGAAAAUGAAAGUGACUUGGUGGCUAAAUUGAAUCUGAAUAAUACAAAGUAAUGGAUAUUUAUAAUUUUGUAAUUUAAUAUUUAUUUAUUAUUAUAGAAGGCACGUUUUAAAUGCCAUUAUAAUGUUAUUAUUCUUGUACACAGUUGAAUAAAACGAAUUGUUUAUUAAUACUUCUUUAUUAUUUAGAUAAAAUAAUGGAUCAUUACCUGAAAUAAAACUUUAAACGCAAAAAUAUAUUUGGUCAUGUCAAACACGACAUUAUAUUCCGAUCAAAAAUAGAUUCUGUAUUACAACUUAUUAUAUUAUUGAUUUACCGUCAUAUUAUAUAUUUGAGUGUAAUCAUGAUGAUCAAAUAAUAAGAUACGUUACAAUAACAUGUGAUGAUAUGAACAAUGAAGUUACAGGAAUGGAUACAAUACUCAAUUUAUAUUAGAAUAGGAGCCAUUU